UCAGGAACAGAUGCAUAUUCCUUAAAUAAGAAGUGGCACGAAAAGUAAACAAUUUAUAGGUUAGAAUCAUCUGUCAAAGUGAUCGCAACAAUCGCAACUCUGUUUGUGCACAUAUUUUAACAAUAUACAAAAAAAUUAUUUAACAUUCGUCUGCAAUUAAAUUCUAAUACUUCCAAAAAUUAAAAAUAAAAAAAAACACAAAGUCGGAUUCACUUGACAUGCAAGUUUCUAACCCUAGAAAAUAAAAAUAUCCACAAACUUCUCACAGCGAUUGGUUGAAUUUUAAAAGUCACGCAUGUGAAAUACAUUUAAUACAUUUAAUUACCUGCAUCACACUUUAAAUUGAUUUUUUUUUGUCAUUUUAAAGAUGUACUGCCUGACAUUUGACAGCUAAACAAUACACAUUUUUUUCCAAGUGUUCAAAGUAGGUAAAGAAAAAAAAUGAAUUUAUUGUUACAAUCCAUUUUAUAAAUAUAAAAAAUAAAAGACUACACUAAAAGCAUCAAGAAUUGACUAGUUUUAACAGAAAAAAUAAUUGUCUUUUUUGUUAAAAAUAAUAUACAAAAAGUGACAAUAAUGAGUAUUAUAAAGGAAAAAAAUAAAGAGAAUGUUGCAUUAAAUAGUUGUGAAGAAGACAAGGAUGAUAAUGAUAAUGGAAAUAAUGAAAAUAAUUAUGUUACGCCUGAAAUGGUCCUUCGACUACCAACAAUUACAGACAAAUAUUUUUGCCUACCAGAAAAAAAUACCUACGAAAUUGAUUUCACACGAUUUCAAAUAAGAGACUUGGAGACUGGAACAGUUCUCUUUGAAAUUGCAAAGCCACCUGUGAAUGAACAUGAUACACCGCGUAAGGAACCACAGCAGGAUGAGGCUGGUCGUUUAGAUCCAAAUGCUGGACGUUUUGUUCGAUAUCAAUUUACGCCACAAUUUUUAAAAUUAAAAACUGUUGGCGCAACUGUCGAAUUUCUAGUUGGAAAUCAACCAGUCAAUAAUUUAAGAAUGAUUGAACGUCACUUUUUUCGUGACCGAUUACUAAAGACGUUUGAUUUUGAAUUUGGCUUUUGCAUACCGAAUAGUAAAAAUACAUGCGAACAUAUUUACGAAUUUCCAACACUUCCUGCUGAUUUGAUUGCAGAAAUGAUAGCGAAUCCAUUCGAAACGAGAUCUGAUUCUUUUUAUUUUGUUGACAAUCGAUUGAUAAUGCACAAUAAAGCAGAUUACGCUUAUAAUGGAGGAAUGGAAAAGAAAGACUAAAAAAAGAACUUCAAAACUGAAAAAAAAUUUAAAUAGUAUUCUUUAGAUUUUUCAUACGUGUGUGAAAAUACUUUUUGAAAAAAAGAAUUUUCAACAAUCUCACUGCAAUCUUUAUAUUUUUCAACAAAAAAAAAUCACUGUAAUUCUCACUUUUGAAGUUUUGUUUUCAAGUGCGUUACUCAAUUUUUAGAAGCACAUUAUUUUUGUAUACUAUUUUCUUUCAAGAUUUUCUUAAUUUGAAAUUAAGAAAAUUGAAUUCACUUUUACACUUAUAAAAUUGUGAUAAUUGUACAAAAUAUUUAAUUUUACUAUAAUAAUGUACAUAGAGAAUAAGCUUUCUAGGCUAUUAUGAAAUUUGCACAUUCUAUUUUCAAUUUGUUUUUACUUCGAUGAUGAUGAUGAAAAAAUGAAAAUAUACACACUGUUAAUUCACCUCUGAA